ACCGGAAUGACGUCAAAAACACGCGACUCGGGCGGGCAUUUUAAGCGGACUUUUUGCUUUUGUCGCUGUACACUCGUCAAGAAAAGUGCUGUAUUUGUUUUUUAAAACCCGAUGGGAGAUCGAAUGAAGGGGCGAACACCUCCGAGUCAAAAAACGAUGGAUUCGAAUAAACUAAACGACUCGACGCAGCGGAGACGCUCCCCGCGGCUGACAUCUCCCUUGGUAAAUACGGAAGAAAACAUGGCGCGUGACAGUAAUGUUCCCGUCAAGCGGUUUAUUACCGUGAGGAAAAUAGUGCCAAAGAAAGCAAUUGCUGCAUCCGCGCACGACAAAGAAAACACACCGAGGCGAUCUGAAGGAAAACAGCAGAAGAGGCAAAAUAUCUCCACUCCUGGUUCCGUUCGGAAGAGCGGGCGGCUCUCCAGUGCAAAGAAGGCCACCGUGCCUUCUGCGAACCUUGCACCAUCCACGCCGGUCCAGCAUCCUCCGCAACAGCUCGAGGAGGAUCCACGCGAUGCGAUGUGGUCGCAGAAAGUGCGUCGCUCCUACACCAGGAUCAGCGACAAAUCCUUCAACAGCUCCGAAGCACGAGAGCAUCUUUUCGGGUUCGAGAUGCUGCAGACCCCCGAGGUGGGACGAAGCGUGAGUCGAGCUAAUUCGGCUCUGGAGUUUUCAAGCAUCACGUCUGCUCCAAGUUCUUUCAUUCUGGACGGUGAGGACUGUGGUCCGGACAUAGACAUCCCCGGGGUGGCGUUGGUAAAGAAGAAGAGGAAGAACCGCAGGAAGGUCCAGCAGAUCGACGUCACGGAGUUGGACGCCCUUUCGGCCAAGAUGAACGCUGAGUUCCAGGAGGCUGAACAAUUUCAGUUGGUUGUGGAGUGAAAUCAACGUGGACACUGACAUACUGGUUAAAUAUCACGUUUAAGAGGACAUUAAUCAGUUAUAAUAUUGCCUAUUUUUACAUGUUCUAGCAUCUCCUUCAUGGAAAUUCUGCCAUAAGUGUGUAAAUGUUUAAUAGUAUUUUGUUUCUCUCUAAAUAACGUCCAAUUCUAAAUAAGUCCAAUUCUGCAGAAACUUGGACUUUCAUAAGCACCUGCUGAUUAUGUUAUGGUAGUUAACCAUUAAAGAAAUUUCUUGUUUUUCUGCAUCUGUUCUUAAAUAAAUAUUACAUUUUUAUGUCA